CUAUAUACAAGCCGAUGGGCGCCGAGCACGAUCAAGAUCAUCCACCGAAAGGCCUCACUCAUGCUUGGUGGAAAAUGCGGGAUCCACUUCCAGGAAUAGCCACAGUGACUGCGCUAGGCGAUAGUUUGCGCCAACAGAAUUGCAACCGGGCGCGUGGCGCUCGUCUCAGGGGUAUCAUGGACGACAGUCUUCAUGAAACUCGGAAACACCACCAGGCUACCAUAUCCCCGACUGCGCAUAUACUGGGUAGACAUGCUUCCCCUGGUUCAAGCUGGCCAGCGAAUUCAGCACAGUUUACAGCCUACAUGAAGUACUUUUAAGGAUACAAGGUGAGCAACUAUGCGGGAACACGCAGACACCGCUUACAUCCACGAAUCGGAAUAUCGCAGCCGACUGGGGCCGCUGUCUGGCAAACUGCCAAGCCAGGCGUUCCGAGACCAGACCUGACCAGACCCUUGAAAGAGCACGCCCGUGUUUCAUCCAAGCCUAUCGAGUCCCGUCCUGAACAUCCAUUCGAAAAGGCUCUUUUUCGGCCCCUCUUUACUGCUUGAAUUCCACCUUCUCCGCGCUAUCCGGUAGGAAAGAAGUAAGCUGUAAAAGAGUGAAAAGGAUAACUUUGAGGAGCUGAACACAGCUUUCAACGACCCUACGGCUCCUGACGUUUAGCAGUAAUGUAGUAGGCUUACGGAACUGAUACCCGACGGCCGUCGUGCCUAGCCAAGCUUGCUCGCCAAGCGGCAUCGAGAGGGUGGAAGCGAAGGUUCUGC